AUGAAAUCCUUCGCCAUCGCGGCCGCUAUCCUGGCCACCACUGCUGCUGCCCUCCCGACCAAGAUCCUCAACGGCGGGUCUCCUGUCUCGAUCCCCUCGGGUGUUCCUUCUUGCCUGCCUUCGGGCAUCAUCCCCUCGGGCGUCCCGGUGCCGUCUGGCAUCCCGACCUGCCUGCCCUCGACCGACUCUAGCAGCCAGGGCACCAACGCCGCCUCCAACACCGCCUCUGGCGCUGCCCAAAAUGUCUUCACCGUGACCCACGAGUCGAGAGACAUCCUCGUCCAGCUUCAGCCCAAGUUUGCCGGCCUGCUGGAGAACGUCAACCUCCCCACUGGCUCUGCCCCCGUCGGCCAGGUCAUCUCGACCGCCUCGGAGCUCAAGGACCUGUCGAACCCCACCAGCUCGACCUCGGGCCUGCUCACCGUCGCCAGCCAGGGCCAGGUGUUCCUGAUCCAGCUGAACAAGACCGUUACCGACCUGCUCUCCAGCCUCGGCCUCGCUCAACUCCUGGGUCUUGACCAGGUUGGCCAGAUUGUCGGCUCCGUCCUCCCCGCUGCCCCCAGUCUCCCCGUCAAGCGCGACGCUGUCUCCGACGUGAUGACUAUCACCAACGAGCAGGGCGAGGAGCAGGUUGUCAAGCUCGAGGGCGGCCUCCUGAGCCUCCUUACCGGCCCCUCGCUCGCCACCGUCGAGGGCCCCAUCGGCAAGGCUGUCGGCUCUGCCCAGUCCGUUCCCGAGCUCAGCUCCCAGAUCCCCCAGGGUGCCGACGCUACCAAGUACAUCGCCGUUCUCGCUGAGGAUGGCUCGCCCCUCCUCGUCCAGGUCACCUCCACCACCGCCGCCGCCCAGGGCCUCCUGUCUGCGCUCGGCCUGUCCCAGAUCCAGACCUACGUUGGCCAGAUCACCAGCCCCGUCGCCGCCUCCGGUGCCACUGGUGCUCUCCCCAUCGCGUAA